AUUUGAUUCCAAAUUAUGAGUGACUUCUUUAUUCGUAUGCUCUGUAUUUCUUAUAAUUUUAUUCAUUAUGUUAAGCCCAGUUUGGAACUUCCAGGGCUUUUUUCUGUAGUGCGCAUGCGCAUUGCCAGCUCAGCUGACAGCAGCAGCAAUAACAGCAGGAGUCAGAUGAUCAUGGCAGACUCUGGAAGUAGCGACGAGGUAGCAGUGAUUUGCAACACCGACAUCACUUCAACGGAGUCGGAAAACAACUUAAUAAACACGAUGGUGGAGAGAGGCACGGCUCUGCUGAAGAAAAUGGAGAUAAGCGUGGCAGAGGCAGAUAAGAGGACAGGAAAGAACACGGUCAACAUGCAAGAAACUUACACUGUCUACCUCAUAGAAACACGGCCGGCUGAAUCCGUCUCAGAAGAAGGUACACCAGCUGCACCUGACACGUUGUGGCGACGCUACAGUGAGUUUGAACUUCUCAGAACAUAUCUCCUGGUCACAUAUCCCUACAUCAUCGUCCCUCCACUGCCAGAGAAAAGGGCAGAGUUUGUGUGGCACAAGCUUUCAGCAGAUAACCUCGACCCAGAUUUUGUAGAGCGACGGAGGGUUGGUCUGGAAAACUUCCUGCUGCGUCUUGCAUCACAUCCUGUCCUGUCAAACGAUAACAUUUUCUUCCUCUUUCUCACAGAGGAGAAGGGAUGGCGAGAAGCAGUCCUGGAGACAGGUUUCCAAGACAAGGCGGACUCCAGAUUAAAGUCAUUAAGUGCCAUGUUCAGAGUCAAGAAUCCUGACAAGCGAUUCACAGCUCUGAAACACUACAGUGAGGAUCUGAGCACCGUCAUCUCUCAGUUACUCAGGAUAAGAGCGCGAGUUGCAGACAGACUCUAUGGGGUUUAUAAAGUUCAUGCUAACUAUGGCAGAGUUUUCAGUGAGUGGAGUGCUAUAGAAAAAGAAAUGGGAGACGGAUUGCAGAGUGCUGGCCAUCACAUGGAUACGUAUGCUGCAUCAAUAGAUGACAUUCUUGAAGAAGAAGAGCACUAUGCAGACCAGCUGAAGGAAUACCUCUUCUACACGGAAGCUGUCAGGUCAGUCUGUAGAAAACAUGAGCUGAUCCAGUACGAGCUGGAGAUGGCAGCACAGGACCUCUCCUACAAGAAGCAGCAGAAGGAAGAGCUGGAGACUGGGACGGUGCGCAUCUUUUCUCUGAAGGGAAUGACCAGUAAAUUAUUUGGCCAAGAGACUCAGGAGCAGAGGGAGAGCAAGGUGGCAGCCCUGGAACAGAGUAUCCAAGAGGGAGAGGACGCUCUGAAGGAGAAGAACGCAGAGUCCCAAGAGUUUGUGGAGAAAGCAUGGAACGACAUUGAGCGGUUUAAUGAGCAGAAGGAAAAAGACUUGCGUGAAGCAUUGAUCAGCUAUGCCAUCAUGCAGAUCAGCAUGUGUAAAAAGGGAAUACAAGUGUGGUCCAACGCCAAAGAGUGCUUCAAUAAAAUGUGAGCCUUCUCGAUGGCCAAUCAACCACUGCACCAAAAAAAGAAGGAAAUCACCCUUCGGCCGGUCAUCAUUUCAUCUCACUGAGACAGGCUGAGACCACAAACACUGCCUCCUUUUUGCUUUCAAUGAUACUGAUAUUAUUUCUCCCAACUCCUCCUGUCUCGUUCAUUUAUUUACUUGAAAACAGCCCAUGGAGUUAAAGACAAGUAUUGAAUUGAAUCAUCUUUUAUGAAUGCCUGUGUCUUAACUGUACGUCAGCAGGCAAUCAAGACUUUAUUCUCCCAUCUUCAGCGCAACCAAGAAGAAAGUUUGGUACAAACUGUUCAAAACUCUAAAAUCAGUGUGCUUUUUGUUAUUUUGUUUCUUUGUAAAUAAAUGGAUUUCACAGCAGA